AAAGGGUUGCGAAUUUAAACUUACCUUUGUUUUGCAUCCCUGCAAGAAAUCAAAUCUUCUGGAAGGCGCACUGCUGGGGAACGAGCAUUCUUCGGAGCAAUGAACACAAUGGAUGCUCCAGCAUCCACAGACAAGAAGGCACCACCCAGGUUCAAGCAGAGGACAAUCCGAACUUUCAAGAGCAAAGCACCAAAACCUGGACAGAAGGGUUUCGGAGAUGACAUCCCCGGGAUGGGGGGUCUCGGCACUGAUUUUACCGUGAUUUGUCCGUGGGAGGCUUACGGCAACAUGGAACUAACCGAUCUGGCUAAAUAUGGAAUUUUGUAGUUUUCUGUUUCUCUCUCUCUCUCUCCUUUGACCUGCUGUAACAUCACUGAAUUGAUCUUAAAGCAUUUCUUGAUUUUCUCAAGGCAAUUUUAAGACAUGAUGUGUCUUAAAACAUUGCAUUGUUCAACUGAUUUCCAGAUCAUGCUCUGAAGGAUGUAAGGUGAGAGGAAUUGGAGAUGCUCGUCAUGCUGCAACAGUGCAAAUUUGCAUACUGAAUCACGAUUGGUUCUUAUAUUUUAUGAUGCAAUUACACAACAUAAGACUGUGGUGAUCCAAUAAGCAUCAGUUCUGAAUUUCUUUACAGGAACUUUUAUAAAAAAAAUGUAACAACUUAUUCUGUUGUAAUAA